CCUGAGUCGGCGGAUCUCAAGAGCUCACGCGUCUUUAUAUAUAGAGCCCCAGCCCUUUUUUUUCUAUCGUGUUGGCGCAUCUCCCCCCGAAUCUAGAUUAGGGUUUUCUCGUCAGAGGGUUUGCGGAAGGAAUCCUUGUGGUGAAAUCGAAAUCUUCGGUUUUUUUGGUUGUUGAUUUCGCACCAUAAAUCUCCCGGGUUUUCUCGAGCGUUUCUGCGUUGUAGGUUGAAUUCAAGCUAGGGUUUACGUUUUUGGGUUCGGAUUAAUCACUUUUUACCUCCCUUACGCUCGAAUCUGAGAAGGAAAGGAGUAAACAAUGUCUCCAUCUUUCCCUUGCCCCCCGUCUGGUUAUGCGAGGAACUGGGCGAACGGUCAGAACUUGGUCGAAUCGACUAAGAUCGAAAGAUGCAAACUCGAUCCAAAACGGGUACUCCGGAAGGGGGAGAAACGGAGAGAUAAGAAAGAAAGGCAGGAGAAGUCCUGCAAAUCCCUUAAGCAUGAACAACAAUAUCUUCACUGCAAGAAAAUCCAUGAUGAGUCCGAACAGCUUGAGAAGAGCGGUUUGACGGAAGAACAUGAGCAGCCACAGAAUCUUUGUUAUCUAUCCGAUGGAAGCCAGAGCAAUAACAAGAGAAAAAGAGAGGAUCCUCCUCCUGUUGUAGAGAGUCAUGCCAAGGGUGUAUCUUCAGGUAAACCUCUACGCAUUCGGUUUGUGUUCAGAAAGCACAAGGAAUCUGAAACUGUCCCUCAAGAGGAACAUGUUCCACAAUGUCCUGCUCAAUGUGAGAAGGCAGCACAAGACAGGAAGAGCUCCGAACAAGAAGAGAACUUGCCCUCAACUUCCCAAGGGAAGGCGGAUGCUGGAAUUGCCAUUGACACGAGAAAGAAGAAGCACAAGAAGAGCAAAGAAUCCCGAUACAAUGCUUUGUUUGACGAUCUGUCUCUCCCUGCCCUCGCUUCUACCGGCCUGGAUGAUGUUGAUGAUGACGAAGAUUGGCUCUUUGGUAGUAGGAGGCCAGAGAAGCGUAGAGGCGAAGCAGCGGUAGAAACGGGCAAAGAUGAGAGCAUGAACUUGGCAAGUUGGGGAGAUUUCUCUUGGCGGAGACCUACACGAUCCCUUUUUGAUGUCCCAUCAAAUUCUUUGUGGUUCUUUUGA